AGUUGAUUUUGUGAUAGAAAUGUGAUUUAAAAUCUGAAAAUUUUGUUUAUGUGGUUUAGGUGUUUUAAUGCACCAGGAGUACAGUGUGCUUGAUUACGAAGAGAAAGUGGUUGAUGGUUUCUAUGAUGUGUAUGGGCCUUCCACAAAUUCAGCACUCCAAGGAAAAAUCCCAUGUCUUGCAGAUCUUGAGACAAAUCUCGGGAAUUAUGGCUUUGAAGUUGUGAUUGUCAAUCGAACAAUUGACCCUGUCUUAGAAGAGCCAUUUGGUGGACCUGUUAAGGAUGCUACUAUAAAGUUGGCAAGGUGGAUGGAAAGGAGCACAGAAUUGAGAACAUCUCUUCAUACAAGUUUGUUGCCUAUUGGGUCCAUUAAUAUAGGAUUGCCUCGGCAUCGUGCUUUACUUUUCAAGAUAGAUGCUGGAGUAAGUAAUGAAGUAUUGGGAAAUGGAAAGAAAAGCACUCAUCUACUUGUUUUUAGGGUUUUACAUACUCGAGUCGGUCGCAGCAGCAAGCGGGGAACAAUGGAGAGGAGACAGUUGACGGCAGAAUCGGUGCCGUUGUUCCAAGAAGGAAUAGGUUUGCUCCUGUAUCGGUGGUCGGUUCUGCAACUGGCCGUCGAAAACGAGUGGGGCGGCCGCGACUCUCGCCGCAAAGCUGAGCUCGUCCUCUCUGAUGUCUUCUCCUUGGAAGAAAUGCAAUACCAUCAGCAUCAGCCAGUAAAGCAUAAACAUGGGGGAUUAUUCUUACCAUAAAACCUUUGAGAUGAUUAAUCAUAUAUUUGUAUGUCCUUGUGUUGAUCAUAGACAAACCCUGCUCCACAAGUUGUACAUCGUAGCCUGCAAGAUUAAGGAAUGAUUGACAGAGCAUGUACAUAACUAUAUGUGUAAGUAUGAAAGAGAACCCCAAAACUUACUGCCUGUGAAACACUCUCCUUAUAUGAAGAAAUCUUGGGUUUUGAU